ACCAGAUGAGAAUCACAGUUUAACAGAAACGUUGUUUAGUCUUACAGACUCUAAUAACAUGGCGACAAGAAAGAUUCCGCGCAAGGACGAGCAACUUCUAAAGAAACUAAACUCAAUUCUGGCUCUGUAUAAGAGUUUCCAACAUGACGCCGAUGAGCGAGAUAAACUUAUCAUUAUACAGGCAUUGGAUGAUCUGCGCAAGAUUCUGACAGGGACGUACAUCUCCAAACCUAUGAAGGCAAAUGACGCGUCAGAGAUUGAACUGAUUUUAAAAGAUCUGAACUGUCACGUGAAAGCAAUGGCGCUGGACGAAUUGUUCGAUGAAGUAAAUGACAUGAAACUUAGAUUGGACGUAGUAGAGAAAAGGUUUGAACUUGAAGAUACUAGAAGACAUCCAAAGAUAUAUUUUCGCGAUGAGGAUGAAGAUGAAAUCUGGAGCAGAAUUAGCGCUAUGAGGAAAGAAACACUUGGCCAAUCAAGUUUAGUGUUAAGGUCAGACUUUCCACCAAACAUGCGCAAAGUGAGGUUUGAUUUACCAGACUCAACUUUUCGUGAGGAAGCUGGGUCAGAUGAGGAAAAUGCCAGAGCAGAAAGCGGGCCAGAAACAUCUGGUUGGGUACCAAACAACCUCCACUCAACCGAACAGCUACUGCGGAAUAGAGUUGGCGAUCAUGGUUUUCUUAGCGAAAGGCGAACACGUUUCCGACCGGCAAAAAGGCGUAACAUGUCGGCUAAUUAUACAGCUGUUCUGGAAAACGAGAAGAUAUUGAAAAGUGUUGGUAGGGCGCCGGUGCGCCAUGGAAAUACCGCUGCAACGACAACAACUAUGGCUUCAUGCGAUGGUGAAGAUAACAAACAGAAGAAGUCUAACAAUGAAACAUACCUCCGUUGUGGAGAGUGCCAGAGGAUUUUAAAAGAAAGAGAUAAGUUUUGGGGUUUGGAGUCUGAUUCAGAAGAGGAGGAAAUUAAAGAUUUUAAUGAGCACGUACGACGUCGCAGUCUGCAACGAGAUUCAAGAUCUUUUCAAACCCUAAAAGAAAAAACAGCAGACAAUGGUAGGUCUUGCAAAGGCAAACGAAUCGCUGGGCGUGGUACCUGGGUUACUCCAGCUUAUGUACCUCCAUGGGAAAUGAGAAGAGCUUCCAGCAACAGGGACUCUAUAAUGAGAGAAGAAGGAUGGUUUGGACAAAAGAAAGGAAUUGUAAAAAAGUUCUUUACUCGCCUGAAAGGUCACCAUCAUUGAUCUUUUAAGUCUGUGCUUAGUUUCGCACCUUCGUCCAAACUUUGUUUAACUUUCCUUGGUAUACAGUUAUCUUCGUUGUUCAGAAAGCACUGUUACUUUAAAGCACUUUGUAUGAUAAUUUAUCCUAAUUGAAAUGUCACAUGUUGUGUCCUUGA